AAACAGCAGGAGCAGUUUACUCACAAAAAUGGUGACCGUAUUACUAGUCCACAGGUACAGAAUUAGCAUGAUUGUAAAUACUAAACCCAAAAGCAAUGCAACAUUUUAGUUCAGAAUGUUUUUAGUUAAAAAAAGUUAAAACGCAACAGCAUUUGUAGAUGAUAUCAAACCUUUGUUGGUUUGAAGUUAUUUUUUUAUCAUUGUUUGCAAAAAAAUAAAACUUUGAGUGUACCACAACUUUUUGUGUUUGAACAAAUGUACUGGUACACUCACCAGCUAACCUUAAUAAACCCAACAAGUUGUAUAACAAUUAAAGCAUAAUACUUUGAUUGGGCUAAAGCUUGGUGUUAGUGCAUUUUUUGUGCUCAAAUGACAAAAACGUUAGAAAAUUAAAGGGUUAUAUAAGGGUCAAACAAGGACUUUACAGCAUGAACACGUUUUUGUGUUUGAGACAUUUGCAAAGUUGUGUCUUGAAAAAGACAGAACCCCUUGGCUAGUUUCCAAGGGCAAUCCUCACUCAACUGCACACGUGCUCCUGCAGCUGAAGGGGUUAAUUCUGCUUGGGAAACGGCUAUGAUGACUGUGCCAGCCUGAAAUUAAAAGUUCAGUCACCAGCUUGUCAUCGUCGUUCACUUACCGGGUGCACCUGUAGAAAUCCCAUCAUCCAGAGAAAUGACAGGAGUCUUCCUGCAGCAGAGAGACAGAGCAGUCUUUGUUUGAUUUCAGGCUGACGUCUCUCACCACUCGCCUCCUUCCGUUCUGAAACAACUCAGUGUGUAAAAACCAAAGAUCACAUCUGACUGUUUAUUAAACUGCUGACAAACCUGUCUGGCUCUGUGAUAUUAGAGCAACAUUAAUGUCUAUCUCAGUAAUAUUAGUAGUUUUAUUGAGUUAAUCAUGCCAGACUCUAUUAAUGUCUUUAACUCACAGUGGGUGAGCUGUUUGGAAGUCAAAAAAUGCAUAGGGACAUGUAAAAACUAAAAGGUCUUAAUGCACAUUUAGCAUUUAGUGGAAAAAUUUACACUGUUAGGUUCGUUCUGUGUUUUCCUGAUACCAUUUUAUUUGGUUCUUUUUCUAUGCACAGAGUCCUGGACGUAGUUUUGACUUUAGAAGUGUGUGUGUGUGUGUGUGUGUGUGUGUGUGUGUGUGUGUGUGUGUGUGUGUGUGUGUGUGUGUGUGUGUGUGUGUGUGUGUGUGUGUGUGUGUGUGUGUGUGUGUGUGUGUGUGUGUGUGUGUGUGUGUGUGUGUGUGUGGUGGUGGUGGUAAUAUGUAGAAAACUACAGCCUAGAGGCUCUUUUAUGCAAUGUCAGGAAUGCAAAACUGCCAAGUGUACAGGUGGCAGGAAUGGCCAGCCACACGUUAGCAAGUAUCAGUAGAGCCAAUAGAUGAGUUUAUGGACGGUUCUAAUUAGAAACAGACUUCAACACAAGUGGUUGUUUUCUGCUUGGUCCUAGUGUCUAUUUAAUAUAGUGUAAUGUUGUUUGUGGACGGUAAAAAGUGCAGGAGACAAAAAUUGACUUUGGAAAAAGUGUGUGUGUGUGUGUGUGUGUGUGUGUGUGUGUGUGUGUGUGUGUGUGAACUCACCGUGGGUGUGUGUGUGGGGGAGGGUUAUACUGUAGUGGAUUGUUGUUAAAAAUAAAUAGUUUAAUUUGUAUUCUUUUUAUCCAUAUUUUAAUUACUGAUUCAAACUCUUUCCAUCAGCCAAAGCUUGUCCCACUUUAAGUCGUUUAGGUGAAUUAUUGUGUUUGCAAAUAUUUUGGCUCUGAUCCCUAUUACAUCAUCCAGCUAACAAAUGUACUGUGCUGUACAGUAACUGCCAAGCAGUUUUUUAUUGGCCACCAGACCCUUAAGUGGAUGACUAAGGCUGACUCGUACUUGUAUAUCCACUUAAAUAGUAAUUAGAACCAAAGAAACCAAAACGACAUUUUACAGCUGACUAUUUUCUCUUAGGGCUGGGAAUUCAUUAUGUUAUUAUCUUAACUUCCUCAUGGUGAAAGACCAAAGAAUGGUCAAGUUAUCCAUAAUGUCUGCUAUUGUAUAGGUUUAACGGCUAAUUGGUUUAAUCAUUGUCUCACACACCCGUUUCUGCUCUGGUUCUAUACCACAGUAAAGAUUAAACCUCAUUUUAAGAGCCUUUAAAUUACAAUGUGUAUUUUUAUCAUUUAACUAUGAUUCACUUUUCAUAUUUUGUUUUGUACUAGUUUUAAAAUCCAAGCUGAAGACCCAUUUUUAUGAACUGGCUUUUAAAUCUGUGUGAGUGAUUGACUGUGUUGCUUUUUUAGUCUCAUUUUAAAAUGUUUUUAUUUGGUUGUGUUUUAUUCACUUUUAGAGGAUUUUAUGUGUUAUGUUUAAAUCUGUGUCUGUGAAGCACUUCGGUGGCAUGUAAGAGUCUGUAAGGUGCUAUGUAAAGGUCGAGUCGACUAUUCCAUUGCACGUUUUUCUCCUGCACAAAUAUGAAUGUAGUUUCUAUGUUUGUACUAAUUCAGAUUUUGCAAAUGCGUGUGCAUUUACGCUAUUGCUAGAUUAGCUGGACCAAAUCAUAUGAGUGUGUAUCACUGCUUUAGAUUCAUGUUGAGUCAAUUUAAAAGUAGUUUGUGUUUUACUUAAGAUUUUCAAUUCAUUUAUUUCUUCAAAGUAAUUUUUGUUCAUCCCUACAAGAUUCCAACUCAUUGCAAAUGUAACUAUUAGUUUCUUUUACAAACAAAGAAAUGUAAUGCACCAUGUUUCAGAGUCCAACAGAAAAAUGACCAAAUAUUCCCUCUACUUGAACAAUCAUGCAUACCUUACUCACAAAUCUGUAACCAAAGAAACAAUUUAAUUUGUUUUUUUUUUCUUCAAUAGAUUUGCAGUGAUCCCUAGUAUAAAUGAAUACCUUGUGAGUAAAUUUGUAUGGGAAAAACGCUCUGGUGCUCCUGCAUCUCCACAAAUAACAAAAGACUGAAGGAGUUCUACCAUAUGGUGUAAGUUGCUAAGGCUAACAGUUAGCUUCUAAUUGCAGAUAAGCGCUCUGCUCUCUUCUGGAUGCUAAAUCAACAACAGCCUUCUGUGUUGCAAGCCAAGAUGGUCGCAGUAACAUCCCGCCCACCCACAGAGUGCUGUGAUUAGCCUACAGAACCAAUAGAGUGCUGUGAUUGGACUACUACGGAGCUGUCGCCAUCUUGGUUUUGCUCAGUUGCAAUAACUUCCUGCACACCUGACUGAGGAAACCAAUGGAGCACAGUGAUUGGACUGUUAUGGAUGUCGGUGAACAGGGCAGUCUGCCAUACAUGGUCAAAUAAGACGCAAUCCAAACUCGGAGUGCAGUGAUUGGCUCGGCACCAGAUGGCUGGGGCUGAGGUUCCAAUCGAGCAUAACUAGAUCAUCUUCAGCUUUGGCAAAAAGAUGGUCUAGAUUCCUGGGCUGAAACUCACCGAGUGACCAAUAAAAUAAAAAAGAACUAAAAAUGGGUUUUUGGUGAUCUUGGUCUUUAACAAGUUUCGGCACCAACAGUCUAGUGCAUUACAUGCUAAUGAUAAGUGCAUUAUAAACUAAUACAGGUGUAAAUUAGAAGAAGAAGAAUCAUUUUCAUAGUGCCUCUCAAGAUAAAAAUCACAAGGUGCUUCAGAAGAAAAAAUCAAAUUAAAAAAUGUAUACGCUUUUUAAUAAAUUAAGAAAUGUAAAAAUGAGAGGAAAAAAAGAGAAAAUGCAUAAGAAAGAAGUAAUUGGUGCACCCUGGGAAAAGUGGAACAGGUAGAAAGAGCUGAAUAAAAAGAGGGUUUAAUAUGUUAUACCACCUUUAGGGCACACUCGACACCUGUCAGUUGAUCGUUUCAGUUUAUUUUCUUAUUGUUUGAUUGUGAAUAUUAGUGUUUGAUCCUUUUUAUUUAAUUAGAUUCUUGGUGUUUGAUCUUUUGCUUCUACGUCUUGACUCUAAGCUAAUAGAUCCUAUGUCCAGUGUGUGUGUCUAAAUGGCAAAUAAGAUCUUCUAUCUUAUCUGAAAAAUUGUUGCUGAGAAGAAUAUCACACAACCAAUCAGAAAGGAAUGAAAUCAUUUGCAUCCUGAACUGGUCAUUUUGUCUAAUCUCCUAAUCAGUCACUAAUAACGGGGUGAUGCACUUGUGUGGUAGCUGCUGCUUAGAAAGUGUUGCACAUGGUUGUAGGAGAGCUUGUUACUGGUUUUGACUAAACAUUUGGAACACAAAGUCUUAUAUCUCCAUCUGGUCUUUAAUUUAGUAAUCAUGUUAAUAAAACAUUUUUGUGUAAAUCUAGUUUAAAUAUCAGCAUCAUCUUUUUCCUUUAAACAAAACAAAAAAAAGUAAAAUAAAAACACCCCAAAAUUCAUAAAAAAAUUGAGAUCCUUUCUCAGAUCAUUGCUUUGACUUUUACUGAAGCUGGUGAUCAGCUGCUGUGGUCUGGACCUCAUCAUUAGCCUCCAAAAGAUUAAAAAGGUUCCCGUCCAUCCAGAAGGAGCUUUGUUUCCCCUCAUGUUCCUCUCUAAACAGGCAGCUAAAUCACACACACACACCACUACCAGGUUGUUUCCCUGAAGGAAAUCACAGCAAGCUGUUUUCUCUUUCUGUUUGUGAGAUGGUUUUAAGUUAUUUCACUCUAUUACUAAUGAAAUGAUCUCUCUCCUGACAGUGUCAGUUGGAUGUGUUAGUAUAACUAUAUAGUGGAGAUAUUUUUGUCAUUGUUUCUGAUCUAGGAGGUCUGACCUUUUCCCAUUGGUGAAUUAUCUCCAAACUGAGCAGCUCUCACGCUGCUUAGUCUCAGAGGAGCUGUCUCUCUAUGUCAGAGGAGUUUAACGCACCCUUUAUCCUGUCUGCAGUGGCGUGGGGCCGGAGGCAGACCACCUUUUAUAGGUCAUGUGAUACGUGGGUCAUCUCGAGGCCCACCCAGCAGAUCACUGGGAUCAAACGGUCUUUCACUAGCUCUUUGAAUCUGUGAUUUAUAUGUGCCUGAAGGCAGUAGCGCUUCCAUGGUUACACAUACAGUACAAAUAAGUUUUGAAUGACGUUUUUGUGUUGAUCGUUAGCACCUUUGUUUUCGUCUCAUGCCGAGGGUGAUUUUCAUGUUUUUUCUGUUACCCUAAGCUGUAAGAUGAGAAAUUAAUUCAAGUAGACAACCCGUUGCUCCCAGCCUUCCUGUUCCAUCUUAUCUCCUUCUUGCCCCUUUUUCUCUGUUCAGACCAGUCCAGCCUUGCAGGGGACAUAUGCAACAUGGGUAACUGUUUCUGGGCUCCAAGAUGAUUGCAAUGCACACAGACAUGGAAGAGAGGCAUCUACGACUUUUUGCAAGAGCCCCCAGGCCUCUGGCUUUUAUUUCCGAGGCUUUUCACCUCUGCUUUGCCUGCUGCCUCUCAGCUGGCUUCAGACAAAGAUAAUGAUUCUGAACGACGAGUCUUCCUCACCACUGUGCACCGAAAUGUUCUCCAUCAUUGAUUUAGUCUACAUGUUCUGCACGUCUAUAACUCUUAUUAUUAUCUAAGAUGUAGUUGCAGCACAAACCUGUUAUAAAAUGCAUACAUUUAUUUGAUCAUUGGUUUAUUUGUACAAAGAUGUUUAACUUGAAGUGAAAUAUCCAUUUAUCACAAUGCGUCUAAAUAUCCAAUAUAUGGAAUUUUAAUGACUUUUGUCCAGUAAGCCCUUUGGUAAUACUCGAAUGUUCUUCAUUUAGUUGUGAGAGUUUGGUGAAAUAUAUAUUUUCAAAUCUGGUGAUUUCUUGUCUCACCAGACAUUCUCUAAAGAUAGAUAUUUGGAUGAUUUGAAGUGUAUCCCAGUCAGAUGAUUGUUAAGCAUUAUUUAGUCAACCUUCCUACUUCUUUAAAUUAACUAGAAACAAAAACUGAGAUACUUUAUUAAUAAAGAAUUGCUAUUAAGACAGUUAUCACCAUUCAGACACCUAGGGACACAGAUGUUGACAUCUAGGCAUUUUUACAUGGUUUGUAAACCAAAUGUUACAUAAGUUUGUUGAUGGUUUGAUUAAAAAAAAACAUUAUUUUGAAACUAGAGAUGCCACUUGGAGAAUCUAGACAAUUUGGCUACCACGCACUUCCACCCGCACGCGCACUCACAGUGUGUGUGGUUAAGCCCUCCUACAUGUUUAGCUGCAACCAAUCAUGGUGAUCGUAUCAUCGAUGAACUGGUCCGUCACCUCCCACAACCAGAGCUCCCAGUCAGUCUUUGCCUCUCUGCUGAGAGUCUGAUGGGUUAUUCGCCUCCACGAACUGAUCAGUGUUGACAGAUGAACACGUUAAUUCAUGUGUUCUUAAACCAUCAUAAACACCAUUAAGGCGUGUUUAGUCAUUUUUUGCGCGUAUCAUGCGCAUCUAUUUGAGCGGCUCAGUUGAAUGGAGGAGAAACGGACCUUUCAGUCUUUGGCUGUUGGAACAAACAGUUUUAACUCAAAAGAUAAAUAAAGAAUAAACCAGAGAAAGGUCCGCGCCCUGUUUCCAAACAGUAAGGACGAGGACAUUUGCAGGCAUAAAACUGUUUGAAUCACUGGUUUGCGUUGCGCUUCUUGUGUAAAAUGAACAGACGGAGUCCUUAUCUACAAAUAAUAAAAAAUAAAUAAACACCAUUUAAAACGGAGCCACCUGAUUGGACGAGGAGCGCAUCUCGGGCACAUGGCCAAAUUAAGUUUUUCCCCUCCUCCAGAAGGUGCCUCAUUCACUUUUUAAGCGGGCCCCUCCUCUCUGACUGACUACCAGCGUGAGUUAGCCAAAUCCCGCAGUUUCACACAAACACUUCGGGGAGUCUGGGGCUCCGUUCAUAAGUUGGAUGUCACUGGAGGAGAGUUCUGCCAUCCUGCAGCAUCAGUGAGCAAAGCGCCGGGAAGGAACGCGGUUCUGCAUCAAUCUGGAGUGGCCCUGUCGAAACGCAGGUUUACGCACGCAUGUUGCGCACUGGGAAUAACUGGGUGUUAGGACUCGUGUGAAUAUUUACUUAUUUUAUGGAGAAAAUUCACAUUUAAAUCGUAAGUAUUCAUUUUAUUUCAUUUCUUCUAUUUAUACCCAGUCGUUGGAACGUUAUGCUGUUCUAAUGUAACUAAUCUCUGCGUGAUGUUCUUCUCCGCAUGUAACACUUUGUUGUGUUAGUAAGCACACGCCUGAUAAUGAAGCGAAUCAGUUUGUGUAAACCCAUUUAUCAGAUUGCAAAUAACACACCCGGUGAUGCGUGCUGUCCCCAGAAUACUUGCAGUAUCUGUCCCGCUGCUUAUAUAGAACAGAAAAUUAGGAAACUUAUCCAAACCUGCUCAAAAGUUCCUCCACUGGUUUGUUUUUUGUAUUUUAUUAUUUUUGAACAAUCAGAGCAUCAUGAUGUCAUGAUUUCUUCUAGACAGAUGCAACUUUUUUUCACACUUAAUAAGAAAGUGACAUCAACAAUCAGUAAAUGACGCUGAAAUCCUUUUAUCCUUCACAGUUAGGAACUUCUGCGUCUAGGGCAACUGGAUCUAAAAAUCUGCAACCAAUUAUCUUCCUGUGUGAUGCUGACUUUGGUGAUCUCAUUUAAGGAGUCUCGUUGUGAUUUCCUGGAGAGGGUUCAUGACCAAACAAAACCAAACAUUUUAAACUUCAAGACCUUCUCUUGAUUCAUUAUCAGAUGAUAAUUUAAAACUGGUUGUUGCUAAUUGCCUUUGAUAGAGCUCCCAUAGUGUUGAUCUCCCGCUGAGACCCAUGUUGAUGUUUAUACAGUGGGGUGCUAAUGAGUACAGGGGGUUCAUGGCUCCUGUCUCCAGAAACUCCUCAAGUUUGACCCCACAGGGAGAUUUAACCCUCCCAACUCCACAUAUGUUCACUGAAAACAAGAGAUUGUGUCAGUAGCACUUUCUAAGGGAGAUAAGAGUUAAAAUAGAACAAAUAAGUGAACCAAUAUCUUUUUACUGCAUAUAUUACAUUUUCUGCUGCUUUAUUCAUUCUUGUAGUAUGGUAUCAAAUAUAUUUUUUUUUAUUCCAAAAAUAAUAUGCGUGAGUAACGUCAGCCUGAUGCUUGAGUUGUUCCCUAAAAAUGCUUUUUCUUUUUUUUCCCCCAACAGAUGAUUCUAAAUAUUAAGCACAUUCUGUGGCUGUGUUACUAUCUCUGUGAAGUUGCAACAGCAUCCAGCUCAUUAACAAUAAUCAAACCAGUCACUGGGGUCCUCUCAGGGAAAGUGAAUCUUCCAUGCUUCUUCUCAACAAUCCCAACCUCAAAUCCAGCCGUCAGUCCCAUUGGAUUGAUUUCCAGCCAAGAUUUCUUGCGGAUUAAAUGGGUCAAAAUAGUGGGAGGUGUUCAGUCUACAGUGUUGGUGGCACAAAAUGGAGUCAUCAAAAUCGGCUCGAGCUACAGGAACCGCGUAUCGGUGCCCAGUCAUCCCGAGGUUGUCGGUGACGCCUCGCUGACUAUGGUCAAGCUACGUGCCAGCGAUGCUGGCACCUACCUGUGCGAGGUCAUGUAUGGAAUCGCCGACACCCGGGAUACAGUUGACCUCGACAUCAGUGGUGUUGUUUUUCAUUAUCGGCCUAACACCGGCAGGUACGCUUUGAAUUACCAGGAGGCUGUCAAAACUUGUCAAAACAUCGGGGCAACCAUUGCCACCUACGGGCAACUCAGAGCAGCCUAUGAGGAUGGCUAUGACCAAUGCGAUGCUGGGUGGCUGUCUGACCAGACAGUGAGAUAUCCAAUAACAAGACCCAGAGAUCGUUGCCAUGGAGAUCUUCCGGGUAAACCCGGUAUUAGGUCAUAUGGAGUCAGGGAUCCCCUGGAGACCUAUGACGUAUACUGCUAUGUAGACAGACUUGAUGGUGAAGUCUUCUUUGCUCCUGGGGGACACAAGAUGACAUUUGACCAAGCCCGUGAAGAGUGUGCAAAACACAAUGCUGUCUUGGCAAACACUGGCCACUUGCACGCUGCAUGGAGAAAGGGGCUGGACAGAUGUGACUAUGGCUGGCUCUCUGAUGGCAGUGUACGGCAUCCUAUUGCAGUGGCAAGGCAUAAGUGCGGAGGAGGCCUUCUAGGUGUCAGGACCAUGUAUCGCUUCAGUAACCAAACCGGCUUUCCACGUCCUACUAGGAAGUUUGGGGCUUACUGUUUUAAUGGAAGAUUCAACAUAUUCACCCAGAUAGCCUUCGUGGAUGUGUUUUUGAAAAAGACCACCACCCCCGCCAUCAUCAGGUCAACGACUUUGACUCCUUUACUUAAAAGUAGCGCCACUGUGACCACCAUGUCACCUGAUGGAUUACCAGAGACAGAAGUUGCUCCAGACUCUGAACUUUCAACCAAACCUCAAUUUAUGUUCUCCACCUGUAUGGUUCCACCUCGACCCACUACUGCAGACCUUGAAGCAGAGCUGAUCACGGCAGUAGCCCCCACAAUCAAGGAAGAACCAGAGGAUUUCGAUAAUGGAACAGAUCCACCAUUGUUUGAAAGUUUUUUUCCUGAUGACUCUGACCCUGAGGAACCUCCUGGUGAUGUGAUCACAAAUCCACACAUCACAGCAGAUAUCACUGAUUCUACAGCGUCUGAUCCAGAUGACCACUCAGUGAUUGAGAUCAGCACUAUUCAACCUGAUGUACCAAUGCCAGGUGCUUCUCUAAGCACAAAGACCAUGUUUGCUAUAGGUAAUACAGAAAAGACCAUUCCGGAUUCUAAGAUUGCCACAUCAGUUAUCCACGAUCUCACAAAUACUCUUACAGAAUUCAGUGAAUCAAUACCUACGGAAAAGUUGGGCAUCUCAGAAACAACACUGUCAACUGCAACUCCUAGUUUUGAAUCAACAACACCAUUCCUAGAUUAUGAGGGGAUUGGGAAUAAUGUGAAAGUUGAGGGUUUACCACCAACCCAGAAAGAAGAUAUUUCAUCCAGUAGAUCAGACAGCAACGGUAUUAGUACUACUGUGGAAACAACAACAUCUCCUUCCACCAGCACAAUCUUUACACUUGUAACAAAGACAAGAACCACAGAAACAACAGAAUCCACUGACACUAGAAAACAAACUACACCUAAAACACAGGGUGCCAUCUCUCUUGCCAAAUCUGUAACUCCUGGAGCUGAUGGCAGUAAGGUUGACAGAACUGCAGCUCAACGUGCAACAUCACCAGAACUUACCGAUGAUUCCCUGAUUGGGGGCGAUGCAGCAGCAAAUACUGAGACAAAGUCAUCGAUGUCCACUUCUUCGGCAUCAGCUGUCCCCGACAUUCGCACUUCUCCAGCUGCAGUGGUCACUGAGGGGCAGCCCCGGCAAACAAGUACCAUCAUCCAGAGCCAGAAUGCUUCAGCUGAACAGACUUCAACAACACAAGUAUCUCAAUCCUCUACAGUGCCAUUUGUGUCUGACCUUCCCAUCCCCUCCAUAGCUGAUGGACAGCCUGUCAUGUUAAACGGAGACUUACACCACGUUGUUCAAGCUCUUGUGACCAUCAUUCCAGAGACCAGAUUUUCACAUGAACAAGAAAAAAGCACCAAAGAGACACAUGCAUCUACAGUGGCAUCUACAAAGGUCCCAGAUGACGUUCACUAUAUUUUUUCUGAUUCAACAAAUUCUUUUGAGGACGACAAACUGAUCACAAAGGGUCCUAUGCAGAACAACUCUACCUCAAUGAUGUUAUCUACAGAGGUGAAAAAAGCCUCAUCAACAGCGAUACAAAAAACUGACUCAGUUGUUUUAAAAGGCACUGACUCUGCUCUAAAGUUAACGCUAGCUGAACAACUAAGCCCUACAACAACAACAACACACAAAAUACAAAGUGCUUCAGUCUCACCUACAGACCAAGUUACUACUGAUAAAAUACCUUCAUCUAAGGAGGAUGAUUCAGAAGUCAAAACAGCAACAUUGGCAACAACAAGCCUAUUGUUAAAUACCUCUGGACAGACAGUAAAAAUAUUUUCAACAAUAAGCCCCAAACAUAUAUCUGAUCAAGAUUCAAUGAAAAGUGAAACCACAGCAACAAUAUCACUAGCAGGAACAAAUAAAUCAUCAGAUCUUCAGAAUGGUGGCACAAAAACAGAUAACUUCACCACAAAAACACAAGAGAGGAAACAAUCUGAAACAACAAAUCUAAAUUCUUUCUAUAAAGCUUUUGAAGUGAUUAAAACUACAAUGGCACCUAUAACUCAGUUUUUUAGUGAACAUUCGUCUCAGAGUCAAUCGAUAACAGGUGAAUUACCUGUUAAACCAGUGACUACAAGUGAAGAAUCUACAACAGAUGAAACUAUAUCAGCCCAAAAACUUGUCUCAACUUUAUCUGCUGAAAGUGACUUAGGAUCACUGCCUAUAAAAACAAAACCAGAAAUUUUUGGACACAGUGUAACCAAUUCUGCGAAUUUGUCAGUUAUUACACCAACUACAACACUUCCUAGGGAUUUUACUCUAUUGUCCUCUCUCACUUUAUCAAACAUUGCUAAAUCGGGUGAGAAUUUCAAAACUGUUACUAAAGCUUCACCACUAGAAAAUCAACACAGCUUGGCUGAUCAGACAAUAGAGACAUCUACCAACAACAGAGCAUUUUCUACAGCUUCGACAUUGUUCAUCGCUGAAAAGAGAACAGCAGCACCAAUUGAGAAGGAUUACGACCUUGUUACUCAUCAGACAGCAAUGUCUUCACUAUCUCCUUUAAUAAGCAUUGAAGGCAAAUCUACCAUAACCCUUGCAGAACAAAAUAGCUCUGGAAGUGAAACUCCAAGCACAAUGAGCUCAACCACGUCAGUCAGUGAUGCAUCUUCAUUUCCACAUGCAAGCUCUUUGGCAGAAGUAACAUCCUCUUCAAAAACAUCAUCAAAAACUGAUGAAACAAAGUCUGCUGAUUAUACAAUUGCCAUGUCAAGAAAACCAACAGUGUCUUCCCUCGCCUCCUCACUGUUCAGCACAGAAACAAUGACAAAACUUCCAGCAGAGCUUUUUGAGAGUGUCUACACGGAAAAAACAAUGACACCCACGAGUUCUUAUGUUACAGAUAUGUCAGAAAAGUCCCUUACCAAUGCACAAAUAGAUCAAGAGUAUUCAGGAAGCAAAACCACACUUGUGUUGAGCUCAACUCUUUCUCUCAAAGGUUCGCCUUCAUCUCCUUAUACUUCGGAGGCACCAACAGCUAAAUCACCUGGAAUAACAGAUGGACAUGAAACACAUAAGACACUACUGCCGUCUCUUCAAAAGGAACCAUCAGGAUCCACAGUCUUUGAUGGCACAGCCCCAACUCUACUGACAAGAUCAACUAGUGCAUCUUCUACACUUGUGGAGUCAUCUUCAUUCCUCACUGGCUCAACAAUUAAACCUUCAAAUGCAUCUAUCUCAAUCUACUCAGAGUCAGAGACUUCAAAACACAGUGUUGAUGGUGCCACAGAUCAGUCAUCAAUGACAACAAAUACUGCUUAUUCAACACUCAGUACGAUGUCUUCAUCGCACAUACCUUCAUCAAGUGAAAAGCCAAAACCAACUGUCUACACAGCAUCACCUCUUUACAGCACAGAGGAAAUUUUGACAGUAACUUCUGACAAACAACAAGCUUCAGUCACUGGUAGGACUGAGGACAUACCUGUAACAGCAAUAGAGGAUUCUUCUUCUCCCAAAACAUAUCAACACAGCUUAGAUGAUCAGACAAUAGAGAUAUCUACCAUUGACACAGCUUCUUCUACAGCUUCUUCAUUGUUCAGCACCAAAAAGACAACAGCCGGACCAAUUGAGAAGGAUUACGAUCUUGUUACUGGUGAGACAGUGAUGUCUUCACUAUCUCCUUUCACCAGUAUUGAUGGCAAACCUACCAUAACCCUUGCAGAACUUGAGGGCUCAGGAAGUGAAAGUCCAAACACAAUGAGCUCAAACACGUCAGUCAGUGAUGCAUCUUCAUUUCCACAUGCAAGCUCUUUGGCAGAAGUAACAUCCUCUUCAAAAACAUCAUCAAAAACUGAUGAAACAAAGUCUGCUGAUUAUACAAUUGCCAUGUCAAGAAAACCAGCAGUGUCUUCCCUCGCUUCCUCACUGUUCAGCACAGUAACAACUACAAAACCUCCAGCAGAAAUAUUUGAGAGUGUCUACACAGAAAAGACAAUGAUACCCACAGGUUCUUAUGUUACAGAUAUGUCAGAAAAGCCCCUUACCAUUGCACAAUUAGAUCAAGAGUAUUCAGGAAGCAAAACCACACUUGUGUUGAGCUCAACUCUUUCUCUCAAAGGUUCACCUUCAUCUCCUUAUACUUCGGAGGCACCAACAGCUAAAUCACCUGGAAUAACACAUGGGCAUGAACCACAUAAGACACUACUGCCAUCUCUUCAAAAGGAACCAUCAGUAUCCACAGUCUUUGAUGGCACAGCCCCAACUCUACUGACAGGAUCAGCUAGUGCAUCUUCUACACUUGUGGAGUCAUCUUCAUUCCUCACUGGCUCAACAACUAAACCUUCAAACGCAUCAAUCUCAAUCUCCUCAGAGUCAGAGACUUCAAAACACAGUGUUGAUGGUACCACGGAUCAGUCAUCAAUGACCACAACUACUGCUCAUUCAACACUCAGUACGAUGUCUUCUUCGCACAUACCUUCAUCAAGUGAAAUGUCAAAACCAACUGUCUACACAGCAUCACCUCUUUACAGCACAGAGGAAAUUUUGACAGUAACUCCUGACAAACAACAAGCUUCAGUCACUGGUAGGACUGAGGACAUACCUGUAACAACAAUAGAAGAUUCUUCUUCUCCCAAAACAUAUCAACAGAGCUUAGAUGAUCAGACAAUAGAGAUAUCUACCAUUGACACAGCUUCUUCUACAGCUUCUUCAUUGUUCAGCACCAAAAAGACAACGGCCGGACCAAUUGAGAAGGAUUACGAUCUUGUUACUGAUGAGACAGUGAUGUCUUUACUAUCUCCUUUCACCAUUAUUGAUGGCAAAUCUACCAUAACCCUUGCAGAAAUUGAGGGCUCAGGAAGUGAAAGUCCAAACACAAUGAGCUCAAACACGUCUGUCAGUGAUGCAUCUUCAUUUCCACAUGCAAGCUCUUUGGCAGAAGUAACAUCCUCUUCAAAAACAUCAUCAAAAACUGAUGAAACAAAGUCUGCUAAUUAUACAAUUGCCAUGUCAAGAAAACCAACAGUGUCUUCCCUCGCUUCCUCACUGUUCAGCACAGUAACAACUACAAAACCUCCAGCAGAGCUAUUUGAGAGUGUCUACACAGAAAAGACAAUGAUACCCACAGGUUCUUAUGUUACAGAUAUGUCAGAAAAGCCCCUUACCAUUGCACAAUUAGAUCAAGAGUAUUCAGGAAGCAAAACCACAUUUGUGUUAAGCUCAACUCUUUCUCUCAACGGUUCGCCUUCAUCUUCUUAUACUUCGGAGGCACAAACAGCUAAAUUACCUGGAAUGACAGAUGGACAUGAAACAAAUAAGACACUACAGCCGACUCUUCCAAAGGAUUCAUCAGUAUCCACAGUCUUUGAUGGCACAGCCCCAACUCUACUGACAAGAUCAACUAGUGCAUCUUCUACACUUGUGGAGUCAUCUUCAUUCCUCACUGGCUCAACAACUAAACCUUCAAACGCAUCAAUCUCAAUCUCCUCAGAGUCAGAGACUUCAAAACACAGUGUUGAUGGUGCCACGGAUCAGUCAUCAAUGACCACAACUACUGCUCAUUCAACACUCAGUACGAUGUCUUCAUUGCACAUACCUUCAUCAAGUGAAAUGUCAAAAGCAACUGUCUACACAGCAUCACCUCUUUACAGCACAGAGGAAAUUUUGACAGUAACUUCUGACAAAAAACAAGCUUCAGUCACUGGUAGGACUGAGGACAUACCUGUAAAAACAAUAGAAGAUUCUUCUUCUCCCAAAACAUAUCAGCAGAGCUUAGAUGAUCAGACAUUAGAGAUAUCUACCAUUGACACAGCUUCUUCUACAGCUUCUUCAUUGUUCAGCACAAAAAAGACAACGGCCGGACCAAUUGAGAAGGAUUACGAUCUUGUUACUGAUGAGACAGUGAUGUCUUCACUAUCUCCUUUCACCAGUGUUGAUGGCAAAUCUACCAUAACCCUUGGCGAACUUGAGGGCUCAGGAAGUGAAAGUCCAAGCACAAUGAGCUCAAACACGUCAGUCAGUGAUGCAUCUUCAUUUCCACAUGCAAGCUCUUUGGCAGAAGUAACAUCCUCUUCAAAAACAUCAUCAAAAACUAAUGAAACAAAGUCUGCUGAUUAUAUAAUUGCCAUGUCAAGUAAACCAACAGUAUCUCCCCUUGCUUCCUCACUGUUCAGCACAGAAACAACUACAAAACCUCCAGCAGAGCUAUUUGAGAGUGUCUACACAGAAAAGACAAUGAUACCCACAGGUUCUUAUGUUACAGAUAUGUCAGAAAAGCCCCUUACCAUUGCACAAUUAGAUCAAGAGUAUUCAGGAAGCAAAACCACACUUGUGUUGAGCUCAACUCUUUCUCUCAAAGGUUCACCUUCAUCUCCUUAUACUUCGGAGGCACCAACAGCUAAAUUACCUGGAAUAACAGAUGGGCAUGAACCACAUAAGACACUACUGCCAUCUCUUCAAAAGGAACCAUCAGUAUCCACAGUCUUUGAUGGCACAGCCCCAACUCUACUGACAAGAUCAACUAGUGCAUCUUCUACACGUGUAGAGUCAUCUUCAUUCCUCACUGGCUCAACAAUUAAACCUUCAAACGCAUCUAUCUCAAUCUUCUCAGAGUCAGAGACUUCAAAACACAGUGUUGAUGGUGCCACAGAUCAGUCAUCAAUGACCACAACUACUGCUUAUUCAACACUCAGUACAAUGUCUUCAUCGCACAUACCUUCAUCAAGUGAAAUGUCAAAAGCAACUGUCUACACAGCAUCACCUCUUUACAGCACAGAGGAAAUUUUGACAGUAACUUCUGACAAACAACAAGCUUCAGUCACUGGUAGGACUGAGGACAUACCUGCAACAACAAUAGAAGAUUCUUCUUCUCCCAAAACAUAUCAACAGAGCUCAGAUGAUCAGACAAUAGAGAUAUCUACCAUUGACACAGCUUCUUCUACAGCUUCUUCAUUGUUCAGCACCAAAAAGACAACGGCCGGACCAUUUGAGAAGGAUUACGAUCUUGUUACUGAUGAGACAGUGAUGUCUUCACUAUCUCCUUUCACCAGUAUUGAUGGCAAAUCUACCAUAACCCUUGGCGAACUUGAGGGCUCAGGAAGUGAAAGUCCAAGCACAAUGAGCUCAAACACGUCAGUCAGUGAUGCAUCUUCAUUUCCACAUGCAAGCUCUUUGGCAGAAGUAACAUCCUCUUCAAAAACAUCAUCAAAAACUGAUGAAACAAAGUCUGCUGAUUAUAUAAUUGCCAUGUCAAGUAAACCAACCGUGUCUUCCCUCGCUUCCUCACUGUUCAGCACAGAAACAACUACAAAACCUCCAACAGAGCUAUUUGAGAGUGUCUACACAGAAAAGACAAUGAUACCCACAGGUUCUUAUGUUACAGAUAUGUCAGAAAAGCCCCUUACCAUUGCACAAUUAGAUCAAGAGUAUUCAGGAAGCAAAACCACACUUGUGUUGAGCUCAACUCUUUCUCUCAAAGGUUCACCUUCAUCUCCUUAUACUUCGGAGGCACCAACAGCUAAAUCACCUGGAAUAACAGAUGGGCAUGAACCACAUAAGACACUACUGCCAUCUCUUCAAAAGGAACCAUCAGUAUCCACAGUCUUUGAUGGCACAGCCCCAACUCUACUGAUAGGAUCAACUAGUGCAUCUUCUACACUUGUGGAGUCAUCUUCAUUCCUCACUGGCUCAACAAUUAAACCUUCAAACGCAUCUAUCUCAAUCUCCUCAGAGUCAGAGACUUCAAAACACAGUGUUGAUGGUGCCACAGAUCAGUCAUCAAUGACCACAACUACUGCUUAUUCAACACUCAGUACGAUGUCUUCAUCGCACAUACCUUCAUCAAGUGAAAUGUCAAAAGCAACUGUCUACACAGCAUCACCUCUUUACAGCACAGAGGAAAUUUUGACAGUAACUUCUGACAAACAACAAGCUUCAGUCACUGGUAGGACUGAGGACAUACCUGUAACAACAAUAGAAGAUUCUUCUUCUCCCAAAACAUAUAAACAGAGCUUAGAUGAUCAGACAAUAGAGAUAUCUACCAUUGACACAGCUUCUUCUACAGCUUCUUCAUUGUUCAGCACAAAAAAGACAACGGCCGGACCAAGUGAGAAGAAUUACGAUCUUGUUACUGAUGAGACAGUGAUGUCUUCACUAUCUCCUUUCACCAGUGUUGAUGGCAAAUCUACCAUAACCCUUGGCGAACUUGAGGGCUCAGGAAGUGAAAGUCCAAGCACAAUGAGCUCAAACAUGUCAGUCAGUGAUGCAUCUUCAUUUCCACAUGCAAGCUCUUUGGCAGAAGUAACAUCCUCUUCAAAAACAUCAUCAAAAACUGAUGAAACAAAGUCUGCUGAUUAUACAAUUGCCAUGUCAAGAAAACCAGCAGUGUCUUCCCUCGCUUCCUCACUGUUCAGCACAGUAACAACUACAAAACCUCCAGCAGAAAUAUUUGAGAGUGUCUACACAGAAAAGACAAUGAUACCCACAGGUUCUUAUGUUACAGAUAUGUCAGAAAAGCCCCUUACCAUUGCACAAUUAGAUCAAGAGUAUUCAGGAAGCAAAACCACACUUGUGUUGAGCUCAACUCUUUCUCUCAAAGGUUCACCUUCAUCUCCUUAUACUUCGGAGGCACCAACAGCUAAAUCACCUGGAAUAACAGAUGGGCAUGAACCACAUAAGACACUACUGCCAUCUCUUCAAAAGGAACCAUCAGUAUCCACAGUCUUUGAUGGCACAGCCCCAACUCUACUGGCAGGAUCAACUAGUGCAUCUUCUACACUUGUGGAGUCGUCUUCAUUCCUCACUGGCUCAACAAUUAAACCUUCAAACGCAUCUAUCUCAAUCUCCUCAGAGUCAGAGACUUCAAAACACAGUGUUGAUGGUGCCACAGAUCAGUCAUCAAUGACCACAACUACUGCUUAUUCAACACUCAGUACGAUGUCUUCAUCGCACAUACCUUCAUCAAGUGAAAUGUCAAAAGCAACUGUCUACACAGCAUCACCUCUUUACAGCACAGAGGAAAUUUUGACAGUAACUUCUGACAAACAACAAGCUUCAGUCACUGGUAGGACUGAGGACAUACCUGUAACAACAAUAGAAGAUUCUUCUUCUCCCAAAACAAAUCAACAGAGCUUAGAUGAUCAGACAAUAGAGAUAUCUACCAUUGACACAGCUUCUUCUACAGCUUCUUCAUUGUUCAGCACCAAAAAGACAACGGCCGGACCAAUUGAAAAGGAUUACGAUCUUGUUACUGAUGAGACAGUGAUGUCUUCACUAUCUCCUUUAACCAGUGUUGAUGGCAAAUCUACCAUAACCCUUGGCGAACUUGAGGGCUCAGAAAGUGAAAGUCCAAGCACAAUGAGCUCAAACACGUCAGUCAGUGAUGCAUCUUCAUUUACACAUGCAAGCUCUUUGGCAGAAGUAACAUCCUCUUCAAAAACAUCAUCAAAAACUGAUGAAACAAAGUCUGCUGAUUAUAUAAUUGCCAUGUCAAGUAAACCAACAGUGUCUUCCCUCGCUUCCUCACUGUUCAGCACAGAAACAACUACAAAACCUUCAGCAGAGCUAUUUGACAGUGUCUACACAGAAAAGACAAUGAUACCCACAGGUUCUUAUGUUACAGAUAUGUCAGAAAAGCCCCUUACCAUUGCACACUUAGAUCAAGAGUAUUCAGGAAGCAAAACCACACUUGUGUUGAGCUCAACUCUUUCUCUCAAAGGUUCACCUUCAUCUCCUUAUACUUCGGAGGCACCAACAGCUAAAUCACCUGGAAUAACACAUGGGCAUGAACCACAUAAGACACUACUGCCAUCUCUUCAAAAGGAACCAUCAGUAUCCACAGUCUUUGAUGGCACAGCCCCAACUCUACUGACAAGAUCAACUAGUGCAUCCUCUACACGUGUGGAGUCAUCUUCAUUCCUAACUGGCUCAACAAUUAAACCUUCAAACGCAUCUAUCUCAAUCUCCUCAGAGUCAGAGACUUCAAAACACAGUGUUGAUGGUGCCACAGAUCAGUCAUCAAUGACCACAACUACUGCUUAUUCAACACUCAGUACGAUGUCUUCAUCGCACAUACCUUCAUCAAGUGAAAUGUCAAAAGCAACUGUCUACACAGCAUCACCUCUUUACAGCACAGAGGAAAUUUUGACAGUAACUUCUGACAAACAACAAGCUUCAGUCACUGGUAGGACUGAGGACAUACCUGUAACAACAAUAGAAGAUUCUUCUUCUCCCAAAACAAAUCAACAGAGCUUAGAUGAUCAGACAAUAGAGAUAUCUACCAUUGACACAGCUUCUUCUACAGCUUCUUCAUUGUUCAGCACCAAAAAGACAACGGCCGGACCAAUUGAAAAGGAUUACGAUCUUGUUACUGAUGAGACAGUGAUGUCUUCACUAUCUCCUUUAACCAGUGUUGAUGGCAAAUCUACCAUAACCCUUGGCGAACUUGAGGGCUCAGAAAGUGAAAGUCCAAGCACAAUGAGCUCAAACACGUCAGUCAGUGAUGCAUCUUCAUUUACACAUGCAAGCUCUUUGGCAGAAGUAACAUCCUCUUCAAAAACAUCAUCAAAAACUGAUGAAACAAAGUCUGCUGAUUAUAUAAUUGCCAUGUCAAGUAAACCAACAGUGUCUUCCCUCGCUUCCUCACUGUUCAGCACAGAAACAACUACAAAACCUUCAGCAGAGCUAUUUGACAGUGUCUACACAGAAAAGACAAUGAUACCCACAGGUUCUUAUGUUACAGAUAUGUCAGAAAAGCCCCUUACCAUUGCACACUUAGAUCAAGAGUAUUCAGGAAGCAAAACCACACUUGUGUUGAGCUCAACUCUUUCUCUCAAAGGUUCACCUUCAUCUCCUUAUACUUCGGAGGCACCAACAGCUAAAUCACCUGGAAUAACACAUGGGCAUGAACCACAUAAGACACUACUGCCAUCUCUUCAAAAGGAACCAUCAGUAUCCACAGUCUUUGAUGGCACAGCCCCAACUCUACUGACAAGAUCAACUAGUGCAUCCUCUACACGUAGUCAGAGACUUCAAAACACAGUGUUGAUGGUGCCACAGAUCAGUCAUCAAUGA